UUUUAUGAGCAGGCUAUAAUAAAUUGUUGAAAGCAUUUUCAGGAAGCCUCAAUAUACAUACCAUAAUUGACCCAGGAAUUGUGAAAUCCAAUGAGUUUCAUGUACAUAUUUUUCUGCUAGUUUGUAUAAGACCAAAGAGAUAGCAUGCUUAGUUGUUGUUUUUUUUAAAGUUGCAUGUUUUUUUUUUUUUAAAUUAAAUCCCUGAGUGUUCUGGAUAUUACUAGAAAAUUGACAAGGUUCUUUUCUCAGCUUUUUUUUUGGUCAUAUAUCACUGGGAGGCAUCAGUAAGAUAGCUACAAUGUCAGAACCAACGGCCACUGAGAAUAAGAAACCUCCUGCUGGUUUGAGUGGGCGAAGAGCUGUCCCACCCAAUGUUUCCAAUGCAGAAGAAGAUGAAGUACCGGAAGUAGAGACAAUUGGUGUGACGCCAAGGACAUUUAAUAGACAAGAUAUUCUGGAAGUCCAAGCAGUCCAUGUAUUCAGCCGUGAAUAUGAAAUUAAUAAGAAGGAGCAUCACACAGACAAAUAUUACAACUUAAAACUGAUUGUGCGCAGAGGACAGUCUUACCAUAUACAGAUUACAUUCAAUCGUGCAUACAAUCCAGAGAAGGACCAAUUCUGGAUUGAAUAUCUUAUAGGGCGAUACCCACAACAAAACAAAGGCACUUACAUCCGUGUUCCUUUGGUUCAGGAGCUGAAAAGUGGGAAAUGGGGUGCUAAGAUCACCCACAGUGCCAACACUUCUGUGGCCUUGAAUAUUAUGCCAGCUGCAGACUGCAUUGUGGGAAAAUUCCGCAUGUAUGUUGCAGUGCUGACUCCAAUGGGCAUUCUCAGAACAAGACGAAACCCAGACACUGAUACUUACAUAUUGUUUAAUCCCUGGUGUAAAGAGGAUGCAGUGUAUAUGGAUGAAGAAGAAGAAAGGGAAGAGUAUGUCCUGAAUGACCUUGGGGUUAUUUUCUAUGGGGACCCUGACAAUAUAAGAUCGAGGAGCUGGAACUAUGGUCAGUUUGAAGAAGAUAUUUUGGAUGCUUGCCUAUACUUGAUGGACAGAGCUCAACUGGACCUUUCUGGACGAGGGAAUCCUAUCAAAGUCAGCCGAGUUGGCUCUGCUAUGAUCAAUGCUCAAGAUGAUAAAGGUGUAGUUUAUGGAUCUUGGGACAACCUUUAUGAAUAUGGAGUGCCACCAUCUUCCUGGACAGGAAGUGUAGACAUUCUAUUGGAGUAUUAUAGUACUAAGGAGCCAGUGCGAUAUGGGCAGUGCUGGGUCUUUGCUGGCGUUUUCAACACUUUUUUGAGAACUCUAGGAAUUCCUGGACGAGUCAUCACUAACUAUUCUUCAGCUCAUGAUAAUGAUGCCAACUUACAGAUGGAUGUGUUUGUGGAUGAAUAUGGAAAGGUGGACUCCAAACUCACAAGAGAUUCAAUCUGGAACUAUCAUUGCUGGAAUGAAGCUUGGAUGUCCCGACCUGACCUUCCUGUUGGUUUUGGUGGCUGGCAAGCUGUAGAUAGUACUCCUCAAGAAAACAGUGAUGGCAUGUAUCGUUGCGGUCCAGCUUCUGUUCAAGCCAUCAAGCAUGGACAUGUCUAUUUCCAGUUUGAUGCACCUUUUGUUUUUGCAGAGGUGAACAGUGAUGUUAUAUAUUCAAAAGCAAUGAAGAAUGGAUCUAAAGUGAUUCAACAUAUUGACAAAACCCAGAUUGGAGCAUUAAUUUUGACUAAAGAAGUGGGUUCAAAUAAAAUGAAGGACAUCACUGAGCGUUACAAAUUUCCAGAAGGCACAGAAGAAGAAAGACUGGCCCUGGAGACUGCCCUAAUGUAUGGUGUUAAAAAAUCUGUAACCGAGGAUAUCUCAUCCAAUACGGAGGUUGAUAUGGAUGUUGUGAUAGAAGAUUCAGUUCUUGGCAGUGAUUUCAAUGUCAUAAUUACUUUCCAAAACAAAACAUCAAGACGCUACACUGCAACAGCUUAUAUUUCUGGCAAUGUUGUAUUUUAUACUGGAGUCCCAAAGACUGAAUUCAAGAAUGACAGCUUUGAUUUGACCCUGGAACCCAUGAAAGGUGAAGUUCUUGUGGUGUCCAUUGAGUCAAGUGACUACAUGAGCGAGUUGGUCGAACAAGCUUCCCUGCAUUUUUUCAUCACAGCCCAUGUCAAAGAACUAAAAAAGACCCUGGCCCAGCAGAAGACCGUUUCGUUGGAAAUCCCUCAAUUGCUCCUCAAGGUUCCUGGAGAGAAAGUUGUUGGUAAGAACAUGACAGUAAUAGUGGAGUUCCCCAACCCAUUGAAGCAAAAUCUCACCAAUGUCUGGGUCCGACUUGAUGGCCCUGGUGUGCUAAAACCAGUCUCAAAAUUAUUCAGAGAGAUUCCAAAGAAUUCAACCUUGAUCUGGGAAGAUAAAUAUGUUCCAAAGCAGCAUGGCUUACGAAAGUUGAUUUCAAGCUUGAAUUGUGAUGCCUUACGACAUGUCUAUGGCGAGCUGGACAUCAAUAUUCAGAGUGCUGAGUAAAGAUCUUUCUUGCUUUCCUUUUCUGUUCAAUGAUUUCCACAUUUCAUUACAGGAAAGUAUAAGAAAGAAUUGUAUUUUCAAAUGCCUUAAUCCAAAAGUUGCCAAACAUACAUUCUGCACAUAUGCUUACUAUUUUUUUUUCAGUUUAUUUUCAGAGGUUUUUUUCCCUUCAAAACGAUGAAAGAUCAAGUUCAUCUAAACAUAUACACACAUAUGCAAAUAUCCACACAUUCAUUUGUAUUUUGCCUUUCCUCAAAGUUAAUUACACGAGGUACAUAAUCCCCACUUUUGUCACAAACAACACUGUAAAAUCUGUUAAACUAAGGGAUUGUGAUUGGACACUAAGCCUUGCACUCGUGAGAUUUGGAUUGAGAAUAAGAUAGAUGGCCCAGAAGCAAUUUUAAGAAGCAAGUCUCCUACUUCCUGAUACAACACUCUUUAUACCACCAUACCAAAUUACACACCAACCUUACAAGUUUACUUACACUGAUUUUCUUUGCCCAUAAACUUCUUUGCUGAGGUUUAGCACUGGACUGAUUCUUCUUUCAUCCCAAACUAACAUAAGCAUCACUAAAAGAGAAUAACUGAGCACCAAUAAAAACAGAAUUAUUUCAAACAGAACAUUACUCAAUAUGAAUUAGUUCAAGUGAUAAUGUUCCCAGCUAAUAAUAAGAAUGUAUGAUGUUGCAUAUUAAAAUCAGGUCAAUUUUAAAAUAUUUCGGCUUCUGGCGCCUGCUGAAUGUUAGUAUUAAUUAAAAUUCGAUAUUCCAUGGAUAUUUUUAAAGAUAAAAAAAUCAGGACAAUAAAAUGUUCUCUUUGUUGUCUUUAUUCCCAACAAGCUUAGAUGUAUGCAAGUAAGAGUUGGACUCUGAAAACAUAGGUUGAAUUUUUAUCUUCCCCCCCCCCACCCCACACACAGCUUUCAUGAUAAUUAGACUCUUACCAGCAGUUUGGGCACUGUUGAGGUUCCGAUGUGUAAAAGUCUCCUUGAUUUUAAUGGGGAAGAGUUAAAGAAGUCAUGAGAUUUACUUUAGCACUUCUGUUAGCACGUCAUAUAUCCAGAGGGCAUCUCUGAGAAUAGAAGCACAGAUGUAAAGUGAAGUGGGUGAAAUCAAAAUCUGCAAAAGCUCUAUGCCCCUUUUGAAUGGACAUGCAGCCUCAAACAGACUGGAUUUUGAACCUACUGCUUAGAUACAUUCCUUUAAGUGGAUUACCAUCAAUUUCAGUUACAAAUAUUAAUAUGAUUGGUCUAUCAGGGUAACCAAAAUAUUCUGACUUAGGUGAUAUCUAAUUGUGGCUCACUGUUGCCCUUAAAUGAAUACAGAUUGUGAGCUGGGUUUGCUAGAAUAUCAGCAGAGGCAUCUAGGGUGAUAUAUAAGAUAAUAUAUAAAAAAAAACUCACUCCACCUUUAAAGAUUAUCCUAACUGUCGUUGCAUGGCUCAGUGCCGACUUCACGUCUCUGUUUUGGUAGAGAGAGUGUAAGGGGUUAAAUCCAACCCUGGGACACUGAUCCACAAGCUGCAUUCCUUCCUGCGUUCCAGGAUUAGCAUAGCCAUGCUAUAUUAUUAAACAAAUUAAGAAAUCUGUUCUAGAUUUUUUUUAUAUCACAGAAAUUUACUUUCUUGAAACUUACAAGGUGGCACUACCUAGCCAGCUCUGUUCUCAAAGAGCUAAGCAAAACCAUGGUUACUCUUUGGAUGGAAAGCUAUCAGAACAACUCAGAAGAUGACAAUACAAAAUAAAUUACAGUGUACUGUUACCAACACUGUAAAGAGGGCAGGCAUGGAAGUCUAUACGAGACUUAUGUCUUUAUGUGAUUUAUGACCACAAUUGAGCCCAACAUUUUUAUUGCUAAGUGAGACAUUUGUUAAGUGAGUUUUGCCCUAUUUACGACCUUUCUUGCCACAGUUGUUUAGUGAAUUACUGCAGUUGUUA